ACUCCGCCUAAACUGGAAACCUUGUUAACAAUCUUCGAAAUGGACUUCUCAUCCCAAUGUCGUAUGCGUGGUAAGGAGUUUGAAUGACGAGUCAAGUUAUGCAUAUUCACGUGCUCUAGGUAAAAUAUCUACAAAAUAAGAGAGUAAUGUCCAAUUUGAUAGUCUGAAAAUGUAAACAUUACGAUAUUUUGACUAACAAAAUUUACUUAAAAAAAUAGAACUCACAUACCUAAAGUAAUAAAACACAACCAGUCACGUGUUGAUCUCUUGAUGCUCCAUCCGAUUUGUUUUGAUAAUCUUUUAUACCCUCUAAAAGACCAUCAUAGACGAACUUCGCCCAAUUCAAGUUCCCCGCAACGUUAACAUUGGCCAAUAUUUUCAAAUAAUUGUUGGGAACAUGAACGGCAGUUGAUGGUCUCAAUAGUCUACACAUUAAAUAUAAAAUAAAUUUUCCCCUAAACUCUUCACCGAUCGUGAGAUCGUUUAACAUAUCUGUUUUCAAUCUGGAACAUUUUAUUUGUCCAGUACCCAAAUUAAACUUUACCCUCACUUCAUCAUCCUCGCCAAGUUGGGUUUCCACAUUCAUGCCCCCAGCAUGUAAACCCAAUAUGGUGACAACAUCAUUAACACUUAGGGUAAGACGAUUACCAUGCACACUUAGUUGACUAGUAGUCACAUUAAACCUCAUCAUAAGGUCCUCAAGAAGUUGCAUCUUCAAUUUAUGCUUUUUCAGAUGCAAGAGCCUUCCAAAUCCCAUAUCUAGAAUGACCUUUUUAUCAUCAGAUAAACUUUCUACGAGUCCACAAAAUUCUUGUACGCCACAACGACUGCUCAAAUAUACCUACAUUAUUUGAAUUAUGAAAAAGUGAAUUGUUAUUAUAUAGACAAAUAUAUAGGGCAUAUCUCAACGUGUAGAACCAAAACUAAAUACCUUUUUUGUUGAAGCAUCCAUAGCAUCAAUCUUAUCAUUGUCGGCUUCUUCAUUUAAACGUGUAGACCCAUCUUCUUGCUUCUCCUAAACAUCGUGAAUUUAAAUUUAUUACAACUUCAUCUGGGACAAAUGCAUCAUAUAAACUCAAUAAAUAAUUAACAAAUUCAUAAGCUUAAUACCAUUUUCUUUCUUGUUUGUUUUUCACCGUCAACCUGUGAAGAAAUACCUUCACCCAUCAUACUCAUUUGUAAGCUAUAUUGAGUAGAACGAAUAUCAAUUAAAACAUACUUUAAAGCUUAACGUAAAAAGAACAUAACACUUAAUGGACAACAGUCAACAAAGCUCUCUUCAUCGAGAACUCCACGCUUGUUGUCUUUCUUUUCACUGGAAUGAUGCACCUAAUGGAUCACGAGAAGGUCAGCGAAUACCUUAUACAGUUGAUGGAGACGGAAGGACUCAAUGUUCAGUUAUACCUACAUAACUUCCUUUUAUUUUCCACCAUAUCAUAAUUUGAAUCUUAAGAGGAGUCUAAGCAAGCAAGGUGAUCAAAAACUGAACCAAAGUAAAGAUCAGCUUCCCAAACCACAUUCUGUUCCAACUCCCACGCAAAUGCCAACCAUUAAAAGUGUGAAGAAUCACACAUAACAGAAAGCCACGACAUUUUGUAUCAAAGAAUGGAAAGAGUCUUCCGUUCGCUGUGUCCGUGACCGUGAGUUCGGAUAUUUUGAUAAGCAAUCUACUACAACAGGUAACCCACAGCUAUUUCCAGUGCUACCUGAAGCACACACUUAAACCGAUCAAGGAAGUAACCUAAAAAUGCAACCUUUAGAGCUGGGUCACAAUGAUUCUUCCUGUGCAAUUUGUCUCUAUGCGCAUGAACUCAUUCGUCAAAGAUCAUUCUGAUGUAAUGUCCGAGCUCAUCAUGCGAAAGCAAUUUAAGUAUUUAACGGUCAAAGUUCAAUCCUUUAUUAACGUUUUCCAAGUUCCAAUAUUCAAAGUCUCCAAAACACAGACCAUCCAAGAUAAAGAAAAAGACAGAAAGGACAAAAACCAUUAUAUCAACUUCAAAGCCUUCAAACUAAUCGCCACCUUCAGCUCGUCUCAACACAGCUCCACGAACACCCCUCCGCCGUCUAUAGUCGCCGAAGUCUGUGAUAGUCGCACGGGUUCCCCUGCCGCAGCGAGAAGUGUGAGGAGAUCGUCGAUUACAAAAAGCAAUUGAAGGAGAAGGACAAACAACUGGGGAACUGAAGACUCAAUUGAUAUCGAAGGAGCUUAGAUCUGGAGUUGGCGAAGAGGGAUCUGGAGAAGUACCGCAACUGGUGCUGCGAUUUCAGAUAGGAGUACCGCGACGCGAUUUUAGCUUCCGAGGCGCCGGCGAAGACCCGGCAGAGGCGGGUGAAGGCUGCGAGGCCGAGUUCGUGUCCCUGUCUCCGCCGACGGUAGCGAUCGGUUCCGUGCGGUGUCGGGUCCGUCGUUGAAGGAGGAGGCGGUGGGUGCUGCUGGCGGCUGACGGAACAGAGAGAUCCCGCAAGUCGGCGGAUAAGCAAUAUGAGGAUUGGGAAAAUCUAAUUUUAAUGCAUAAACAAUUUGACCGACUCCUAAUUGGCAUGGAAAACCUAGCUUUCAAACCGACGAUCUCUUCCCUUAGAAAUCCGGCUACAUUUUCGGCGGCCAGGCGUAACCGGUACAACCGGUUUCCCAUCUGCGCGUGUGUUUUUUUUUUUUAAGCAUCAAUGGUUGUAAUGGCCUGUUGUCAAUUUUAAUGGCUCAGAUUUGUGGAAAAACAAAAGCAAGUCACCUAACUUAAAAAAAGUACAAGGUACUGUAGGAGGUCCCUGUGUUUUAUGUUCAUGAAAAUCUAACUACAACUAAUUGCCCACUGCCAAUGAAGGUUCAUUCGUUUAAAGAUCAGGCCACUGCACUUGUUGCAAAUAGGGCUGUUAUUGAGUCGAGCCGAGCCGAGCUUUGCCAUAGUUCGGGCUCGGUUCGUUAAUAAAUUUUCAAGCUCGAGGUUGGAUCAUGUUCGUCACGAGCUUUAAUAUGAAAGUUCGAGCACGGCUCGUUUACGAAAAUGGAAGUUCGAGCUCGGCUCGUCAAAUAAGGUUAACGAGUCUAAAAUCGAGUUUAGCUUAUCAAAUAUUCAUAAUACGUCAAGAUCGAUCUAAAACUGGGCACAAAAUUACAUUCAAACCUCUAGCAAAAUAAAACACAACAUUUUCCCCAAUUUCAAUACAUAAAAUCCAUGAAUUCUAAUUCCUUUCUUAUGCCAAAACGUUAAACGAGCCUCUUCGCGAGCUUUCGAGCUGAACAUGGUAUGGCUCGAGUUCGGCUCGUUUAGUUAACGAGCUUGUUCGCGAGCCGGCUUAAAUAAGACGAAUCGAGUUUCGAACGAGUUCUUCUCGAGUCGGACGCCGAGCCGUUCAUGAGCGGCUUGGUUCAUUAACAGCCAUAGUUUGCAAAUGUCAAAUAAAUAGCAAUUAGUUUCUCACCUCUAACCUCUCCAAUGGAGGUUACUGACACUUGCACUUGUACGUUGGACUAAUGGCUUCCACAACAAGAGGAUAGAUAGGUCGAUAGAUAGUAGCAGUAGAGUGGAGUAAUGGUGAAUCGGGAGUUGGGGGUUUGUCCGUACAGGAACAGCAGUGGGGAUUUGGGCCUCGGUAAUCGGUAUAAUAGGAUUGUGUGAGUGAAAGAAAGAAAAGCAAUCAAUUUUAAUUUGGGCCUCCGAAGCAAAGCAAGAGAUUGAUCUGGGCGGUGGACAUUGAUUCAGAGAGUAGUGGGCCCAUGACCCAGGACUGGACUCCUGCAGGUGACGUUAUCUCCAGUUUAGCAUCCCUGACCUUACUUCAGCUUGCCUUCUGCAGUCUGCCCUGGUGUUCUAUCCAAUGUGGGAAAAAGCCUUUUGUUUUCUGCAGAUGAAAAUUUCAGAGACCACUGUAAAAAAUUAAAUUGAAAGACUUCGGUCUUCACUCCUCUCUCUCUCUCUAGGGAUUUUUGGACUGUACGGGGUGAAAUCAUAUUUUACUGAACAAGAGUAUGCAUGUUUAUCGGCAAGCCCUACCCAUUUUAGUGAGAGGUGCUUGCCCCAACCCCGUUGUGACUCGCGCUGCUAAGUUAGUCGGAGAAUCUGAUUAGGGUGCUUACAACACUAUUUACAAAGAUCGUUCUCCGCUCUUAUAACAAUGCUCACGAUUGUCCGGCUGAUUGUUGGGCGUGUGGUGAACGUUGGAUGAACCCAAUGACACAUUUGCAAAUAAUAAUGCCACACAUUCACCCAGUAAAAAUAGAACGUGCCUAAGACUUAAUCGGACAGUUGAAUAACUUAAGAACGUCUUUACAGAUGGCGUUGUAAGUACCCGAAUCACAUGGGCUAAUCUGGUAUCACUUUCAAUAUUCAACCUGUUGUUUACAUGGGAUAGUUGAUAGUACUAUGCUAGCUUGCACUUCUCUUCAAAAGAUUUAAAGCUUAUCCUGGAGAAAAUACUUAUCCCCCCACUGUUUGAGAAAAAAAGAGUUCCAAUUAAGUUGAGGGUUGGCCAGAAAAACAAGUAAAGGAAAGGGGCAAAUGGACAAAAUGGGUAAAUGGGAUUUGACAAGCAUCUGAUCUGAUCUGAUCUGUUCUAUGCUAUCAGCUAUCACCUAUUAUUAAUUGUAUUAAAAUAAUUUUACAACAGUAAUGGUAGUGGUGAUGAUCUGAUGGGUAGCUACUAGUUUUCUCAUGUGCUAUCAGAUUCAAAGGAUUUACUCGAUGUGAUGUAGUGAGUGGACUUCUGUUGUGACAGGAAUUUAACUUCAUUUAGACACCCCAAAAUAAUUACAUUUCUUCAGCAAACCAUAAAUAAAUACAUAUAUAUUAUAAUUGGCGUACUUUCGUUUAUGCUAGCAAAGAGUGAAGCAUCUCACAUUCUAGGUUAGUUUAUCAAAGAGGAAAGAGCGUGAGAAGGCUGAAAAAGAUAAACUGCAAUCGCAUUUCAUCGAUUGAAUCUAGAUAUUGAGAGAUGGAUAUAUAACUAUUAGUCGUCUUUCUAUCACUUGUUCUUUUAAUAUCGCAAUAAAAAACAUUAUAAUUUUAGGAAAAAAGAUGGAGAAAGCAGAAAUGCCUCACAGUUACAAAUUACCUAGAGCUCCACCUUUAAUUAAAAUUGAUGCAAUACAAAAUAAGGUGUUGGUAUUGUAUUUAGUCAUUUACUUUAGUGUACACGAUAUAGUAAUAAGUAGGGGUAAUUGAUCAAAAUGGUCACAGAGGUUUGAUCAAGUAACAAAAUGGUCACAAACGU